CCAAAGCGCCUUGUCACGCUACGUCGUGUUGUCUUUUAAGCGUCGCUUACGAUUAUUUCUGCAUUACAAUCAUUACAUUUUUAAUCUAUUUCUAAGUGUUAUUGAAGGCCUUAAUCAAUUGUGGAAAUAAGUGAACGUAACAAUUUAUAAAAAAUAAAAUAAUUGAACAAACAUAAAUUUGUGCAAUAAAUAAUAUAUCGACUCAAUUAAGUAAUUUAUUAAGAGCUCCGAAGCAUCUGCGCUACACGUACUAGGUGGUCGAAUUUCUGGGUGGAUUUGACGAUUACAUAAACUUUAAAAUGUUCACACAAUCCACAUACGCGCUGGUCACGUGCCUCAUUUCAAUUUGCUCGGCGAUACGUGUCGAUUUCAAUACGAACAAGGGUCCCAUUGUGCCGCCAACACCACGUACAACGGUACGUCCGCUGCCGCCGUUCCGUGAGCCCGCGCCCGUCUGGGAGGAUCAAAGCAAUGAUAUACCGAACCCGAAUCCAUACACCUACAUUUUACCGCCACCAUCGCGACCACGUACAACUGGCAAUAAUGUUGGCAACGCCGGUCAAAGGCCACUGCACUACUAUGGCAACCUCUUGCUGCCCUCCAACGAGAAUGCCUUCACCCAGCAGGGCAGUACGAAUGUGGGCGGCGGCAGCUUGGCAGCGAAAUAUAUACCGAAUGUCGGUAUACGGUACACAGCGGUGGUGGCGCCUACCUAUAACAGCAACAACCACAAUAUCAACUACAAUAACAACAAUCAAGCUAGUCGCAACAACGGUGGCGGCAAUUACUUCGACGUGAACAAUAAAUUGCAUGGCAAAUACUAUAAUGCCAAAACGAAAAAGUACAAGGCAUACGAGAAGGUCAAAUACGUGCCACAAAACUAUUAUCCACUAUCUGCAUUGGCACUACCCAUCGAAAAACCUUACACAAACGCAUUCAAUCAAGAACAGUUGAUACGCACACAACAGUUGCCACAAAUUGCCGCACCAAACGCCUUUCGGCCAGUUGAAAAGGCAGCAACCGAAGCGCGGUUACACAGCGCAGCAUCAACAAGGCAAAAUACCAUAAGCGCAGCCGCAACAACACCUUUAGCUGCCAACACGGCUGUGCCACAAGCCAAGUGGGCGCACGAGAAAGAUCAGCCGCUGUUGAAAGGCAAGUCCCUCCUCGAAUCCAGCAAAGCACAAGCGCAGCUACCAAUUACUUCAACAACAACAACCACGAAACUAAACGCAUUGGGAGGUCAACAGGCGAACGCAAUCUCGAGUGCGAAGAGCAGGUGAACGUGCAAUGUAGCAACGUUACAGCAACACAAAUACAAAUUAAUUUGAGGAAAAAAGUUUUCAAACGCAUUUAC